GCGCGUGCCCUGUGGGGGAUGCUGUUUGCUCCUCCCAGGGGGUUGGUGUGUUGAUGUGUUGAUGCCGAGGGGACCCGCCCGGGGCCCGGGACGCGCCGUGGGACGACCGCGAGGCUGCGUUGGGGUGGACGUGGUCGUUUCAUCAUCAAGGCACCAUUAUGAUGGGGUGAAAUGUUGUGGAGACGGAUCCAGAAAACAUGGCUACUGCAAUUAGGGAGGUGGGAGUUUGGAGACAGACCAGAACACUCCUACUGAAGAAUUACUUAAUUAAAUGCAGGACCAAAAAAAGUAGUGUUCAGGAAAUUCUUUUUCCGCUAUUCUUUUUAUUUUGGUUAAUAUUAAUUAGCAUGUUGCAUCCAAAUAAGAAAUAUGAAGAAGUGUCUAAUAUGGAACUUAAUCCUAUGGACAAAUCUAUCCUCUCUAACCUAAUUCUUGGAUAUACUCCAGUGACUAAUAUUACAAGAAGCAUCAUGCAAAAAGUUUCUACAGAUCACCUUCCUGAUGCUUCUCUAUCAGUCAUAAUUACUGAAGAAUACACAGAUGAAAAACAGUUGCUAGCAGCCAGUCUUUCCAAGUUCAGCAACUUUGUGGGUGUGGUUUUCAAAGACUUCAUGUCCUACGAACUCCGUUUUUUUCCUGAUAUGAUUCCAGUGUCUUCUAUUUAUAUGGAUUCCAGAGCUGGCUGUUCAAAAUCAUGUGAGGCUGCUCAGUACUGGUCCUCCGGGUUCACAGUUUUACAAGCAUCCAUAGAUGCUGCCAUUAUACAGUUGAAGACCAAUGUUUCUCUAUGGAAGGAGCUGGAGACAACUAAAGCUGUUAUUAUGGGAGAAACUGCUGUUGUAGACAUAGAUACCUUUCCCCGAGGAGUAAUUUUAAUAUACUUAGUUAUAGCAUUUUCACCCUUUGGAUACUUUUUGGCAAUUCAUAUCGUGGCAGAAAAAGAGAAAAAGUUAAAAGAGUUUUUAAAGAUAAUGGGACUUCAUGACACUGCCUUUUGGCUUUCCUGGGUUCUUCUGUAUACAAGUUUGAUUUUUCUUAUGUCCCUUCUUAUGGCAGUCAUUGCAACAGCUUCUUCGUUAUUCCCUCAAAGUAGCUGCAUUGUGAUAUUUCUACUUUUUUUCCUGUAUGGGUUAUCAUCUGUAUUUUUUGCUUUAAUGCUGACACCUCUUUUUAAAAAUUCAAAACAUGUGGGAAUAGUUGAAUUUUUAGUCACUGUGGCUUUUGGAUUUGUUGGCCUUUUGAUAGUCCAGCAGGAAAGUUUUCCCAAAUCUUUAGUGUGGCUUUUUAGUCCCUUUUGUCAGUGUACUUUUUUGAUUGGUAUUGCGCAGGUCAUGCAUUUGGAAGAUUUUAAUGAAGGUGCUUUAUUUUCUAAUUUGAUUGACGGCCCAUAUCCUCUAAUUAUUACUAUCAUCAUGCUAGCACUUAAUAGUGUAUUCUAUCUCCUCUUGGCUGUUUAUCUUGACCAAGUCAUUCCAGGGGAAUUUGGCUUACGGAGAUCGUCUUUAUAUUUUCUGAAGCCCUCAUAUUGGUCAAAGAACAAAAGAAAUUAUAAGGAGUUAUCAGAGGGCAAUGUUAAUGGGAAUAUUACUUUUAGUGAAAUUGUUGAGUCCGUUUCUUCAGAAUUUAUAGGAAAAGAAGCUAUAAGAAUCAGUGGUAUUCAGAAGACAUACAGGAAAAAAGGUGAAAAUGUGGAGGCUUUGAGAAAUUUGUCAUUUGACAUAUAUGAGGGUCAGAUUACGGCAUUACUUGGCCACAGUGGAACAGGAAAGAGUACAUUGAUGAAUAUUCUUUGUGGACUAUGCCCACCUUCUGAUGGGUCUGCAUCUAUAUAUGGACACAGCGUCUCAGAAAUAGAUGAAAUGUUUGAAGCAAGAAAAAUGGUUGGCAUCUGUCCACAGUUAGAUAUACACUUUGAUGUUCUAACAGUAGAAGAAAACUUAUCCAUUUUGGCUUCAAUCAAAGGAAUACCAGCUAAUAAUAUAAUACAAGAAGUGCAGAAGGUUUUACUGGAUUUGGACAUGCAGGCUAUCAAAGAUAAUCAAGCUAAAAAGUUAAGUGGUGGUCAAAAAAGAAAACUGUCUUUAGGAAUUGCUGUUCUUGGGAAUCCAAAGAUACUAUUGCUAGAUGAACCAACAGCUGGAAUGGAUCCCUGUUCUCGUCAUAUUGUUUGGAAUCUUCUAAAAUACAGAAAAUCUAAUCGGGUGACAGUGUUUAGUACUCAUUUCAUGGAUGAGGCAGACAUUCUUGCUGAUAGGAAAGCCGUCAUAUCACAAGGAAUGUUGAAAUGUGUUGGUUCUUCCUUGUUUCUCAAAAGUAAAUGGGGGAUUGGCUACCGCCUGAGCAUGUACAUAGACAGAUAUUGUGCCACAGAUUGUCUUUCUUCUCUGGUUAAACAACAUAUACCUGGAGCUACUUUAUUACAACAGAAUGACCAACAACUUGUGUAUAGCUUGCCUUUCAAGGACAUGGACAAAUUUUCAGGUUUAUUUUCUGCUCUAGACACUCAUUCAAGUUUGGGUGUUAUUUCUUAUGGUGUUUCCAUGACAACUUUGGAAGAUGUAUUCUUAAAGCUAGAAGUUGAAGCAGAAAUUGACCAAGCAGAUUAUAGUGUAUUUACUCAGCAGCAACUAGAAGAAGAAAUGGAUUCAAAAUCUUUUGAUGAAAUGGAGCGGAGCUUACUCAUUCUUUCUGAAACCAAGACUUCUCGACUGGGCACCAUGAGCCUUUGGAAACAGCAGGUGUAUACAAUAGCCAAGUUUCAUUUCCUUACCUUGAAACGUGAAAGUAAAUCAGUGAGAUCAGUGUUGCUUCUGCUUUUAAUCUUUUUUGCAGUUCAGAUUUUUAUGUUUGUGGUACAUCACUCCCUUAAAAAGGCUGUGGUUCCCAUCAAACUUGUUCCAGACUUAUAUUUCCUAAGACCUGAAGAUAAACCUCAUAAAUACAAAACAAGUCUGCUUCUUCAAAAUUCUACUGACUCAGAUAUCAGUGAUCUUCUUCGCUUUUUCACAAAACAGAGCAUAAUGGUGACGAUGUUUAAUGACAGUGACUAUGUAUCUGCUGCUCCCCACAGUGCAGCUUUAAAUGUGAUGCAGUCAGAAAAGGAGUAUGUUUUUACAGCUGUUUUCAACAGUACUAUGGUUUAUUCUUUACCUGUAUUGAUGAAUAUCAUUAGUAACUACUAUCUUUAUCACUUAAACGUGACUGAAAGCAUCCAGAUCUGGAAUACCCCAUUCUUUCAGGAAAUUACAGACAUAGUUUUUAAAAUUGAAAUGUAUUUUCAAGCAGCUUUACUUGGAAUCAUUGUCACCGCAAUGCCACCUUACUUUGCCAUGGAAAACGCAGAGAAUCAUAAGAUCAAAGCUUAUACUCAACUUAAACUUGCAGGUCUUUUGCCAUCUGCAUAUUGGAUUGGACAAGCUAUUGUUGAUAUCCCCUUAUUUUUUGUUGUUCUUAUUUUGAUGCUAGGAAGUUUAUUUGCAUUUCAUUAUGGAUUAUAUUUUUAUGCUGUAAAGUUUCUUUCUGUGGUUUUUUGUCUUAUUGGUUAUGUUCCAUCAGUUAUUCUGUUUACCUAUGUUAUUUCUUUCACUUUUAAAAAAAUUUCAAAUACCAAAGAAUUUUGGUCAUUAAUCUAUUCUAUGAUAGCAUUGGUUUGCACGGCAAUCACCGAAAUAACUUUCUUUAUGGGAUACACAGUUACAGCUAUUCUUCAUUAUACAUUUUGCAUAGCUAUUCCGAUCUAUCCACUUCUAGGUUGUCUGAUUUAUUUCAUAAAGGAUUUAUGGAAAAAUAUACAAAAAAAUGAGGAUACCUAUAAUCCAUGGGACAGAUUUUUGGUGGCUGUUAUAUCGCCUUACUUGCAGUGUGUACUAUGGAUUUUCCUCUUACAGCACUAUGAGAAAAAAUACGGAGGCAGAUCAAUAAGAAAGGAUCCGUUUUUCAGGACCCUUUCAACAAAGUCCCCAAAUAAGAAGUGUCCAGAACCACCAAACAAUGACGAUGAAGAUGAAGAUGUCAAAGCUGAAAGACUAAAGGUCAGGGAGCUGAUGAGUUGCCAGUGUUGUGAAGAGAAACCAGCCAUUAUGGUCAGCAAUUUGCAUAAAGAAUAUGACGAUAAGAAAGAUUUUCUUACAAGAAAAGUAAAGAAAGUGGCAACUAAAUACAUCUCCUUCUGUGUGAAAAAAGGAGAGAUCUUGGGGCUGUUGGGCCCAAAUGGUGCAGGCAAAAGCACAGUUAUUAAUAUUCUGGUUGGUGAUAUUGAACCAACUUCAGGCCAGGUAUUCCUAGGAGAUUAUUCUUCAGACCCAUCUGAAGAUGAUGAUUCCAUUAAGUGUAUGGGAUACUGUCCUCAGAUAAACCCUCUGUGGUCAUAUAUUACAUUGCAGGAACAUUUUGAAAUUUAUGGAGCUGUUAAAGGAAUGAGUCCAAGUGACAUGAAAGAAGUCACAAAUCGAAUAACAAAUGCACUUGAUUUGAAGGAACAUCUUCAGAAAACUAUAAAGAAACUACCUGCAGGAAUCAAGCGAAAGUUGUGUUUUGCUCUAAGUAUGUUGGGGAAUCCUAAGAUUACUUUGUUAGAUGAGCCAUCUACGGGUAUGGAUCCUAAAGCCAAACAGCACAUGUGGCGAGCAAUUCGAACUGCAUUUAAAAACAAAAAGCGGGCUGCUAUCCUGACCACUCAUUAUAUGGAGGAGGCAGAGGCUGUCUGUGACCGAGUGGCUAUCAUGGUAUCUGGGCAGUUAAGAUGUAUUGGGACAGUCCAGCAUCUGAAAAGUAAAUUUGGAAAAGGUUACUUUUUGGAAAUUAAGUUAAAGGACUGGAUAGAAAACUUAGAAAUAGACCGCCUUGAAAGAGAAAUUCAAUAUAUUUUCCCAAAUGCAAGCCGUCAGGAAAGUUUUUCUUCUAUUUUGGCUUAUAAAAUUCCUAAGGAAGAUGUUCAGUCCCUUUCACAAUCUUUUUCUAAGCUGGAAGAAGCUAAGCAUACUUUUGCCAUUGAAGAAUACAGCUUUUCUCAAGCAACAUUGGAACAGGUUUUUGUUGAACUCACUAAAGAACAAGAGGAAGAAGAUAAUAGUUGUGGAACUUUAAACAGCACACUUUGGUGGGAAAGAACACAGGAAGACAGAGUUGUAUUUUGAAUUUGUAUUGCUCAAAUCUGCAAUACUGAAAUUUAUUGAAUUUAUUUAUGUUAACUGAAUUUAUUUCUUUUUCACUUUAACUGGUUUAAAAAGUGUAUUAUUUUAAUGGGAACUGAAGAACUGUAAACGCCCUUGGGAUUUUCGUAAGUUCAUUAAUUGAAGUACUGUGGUUGUAUGUUUUUCUUUUCUUCAAAUAAAACUUGUGUAUAAUUAAUUGAAACUGUAUGUUUAUAGCUGACAUAUAAUGAGCUGUAGUCUAUAUGUGACAUUGAAUAUUUAUUUACUUUUUUACUUUUGGAAAACAGUGCUUCUAAAUUUAUGAUUUAAAGAAAUAGUGAUAGAAUUUUAUUUUGAACAGAUACCUUUAUUUCAGUUUAUGCCAUCUUGUUACACAAGUAUGUAAUGUCCCAAUCUAAAUAAAAAAUGAAUACAUAAAUAAUACAUAGAAAAUGGACAUAAAGUAAAAAUUUCUUGCUUCUCCUUAAUUCCUAAAAGAAACUUUGAAUGAAAGUUGGCAUGUUAAAAAGCUACAGCAUAAAUAUUAGACAAUCUCAGUGCAGGUAGAAGUUUGCAGGAAGUGACAUCCACUAGGUGGCACUCAUCAAUCAUAAUAAAUGAGACCUUAUUCUAUUAGGUGAUUUUAGACAUAGGUAACUUAGGUAUUUGAAGUUACAUUUCUUUUGCUUGUAGUAAAAUACAUACAUAAUUCUCUUUAAUAAGAAACCAGAAUUUCACUCUGUCAGAGUUGAAGUAAGGUUAUGGUUAAUGUAAUCUCAGAAAAUACAGUUGACUCUUGAACAACAUGGGGUUAGGGGCAUUGCUUCUUCCCCAUGCAGUUGAAAAUUCAUGUAUAACUUUUGACUUCUCGAAAACUUAACUACUAAUAGCCUACUGUUGACUGGAAGCCUUAGCAAUAACAUUAACAGUCAACACAUUUAUAUGUUGUAUUAUUUACUGUAUUCUUACAGUAAGGUAAGCAAGAGAAAAAAAUGUUAUUAAGAAAAUCAUACUGAAGAGAAAAUACAUUUAUAAUAUUGUACAUGUAUAUUGAAAAAAAUCUGCUUAUAAGUGGACCGGCACAGUUCAAACCCAUGUUGUUCAAAGGUCAAUUGUACUUCCUUGUAGAACCCAUGUGUGGGUGAAAUACAGUAUAGUUGACAUUGUAUUUCAACCAGAUGAAUGAAAGUAUUAACUUUGCAAAAGUAAAUGUAUCACGAGUGUGGUAACGGGAACCAGAGAAGAAUUUGGUAUUAAGUUAUUUUUAAAUAGCCAAACCCCUUAAUAAAAUUAGCUAUUUAAAAUAGGCAAAAUGUAAUGAACUUUUAGCUCUACUGUGUAAUAAGACAUCUGAUUUUAGGCUCUAGCAGCUGAUUUACAAUGGUGUUCCUUUCUCAGUCUCAGCACAAGGUACGUGACUGAUAUUCCCCCCCAUAGCUUUGGUAACUGCUGUACACAUUCCUAUCUCAGGUUUUUUUAACUCACCUAAAUGAGUCGUCUUAAAGUUUCUGCUUGGAUUUUACAAUCCACAGCUAAGUUAUUUCUCUUUGUAAGAUUUAGUUGGUACUAGUUUUUAAUCUUUUAUUAUUGACAGUUACUUGCCUCAUGAUACCAAGCUUUUGGCUUCUUCAUCUGAGAGUCUCACUGUUACAUCUUUAGUACUGCAGUUAAGUAUUGCAUGAUGAGUACAAUUCCAGACACAUCUGAAAGAAAAUCUUUACCUUUGUAGAUAAAUUAAUAAAUAGCACAUUGCAUUGUUUAAACACGUCAUUGCUAAAUGGUGUCAUACAUUUAAAGAGCUAUCUUUAGUGUCUAAUAUUCAUAUAAAAUACCCAGGGGCUUCUCCUUUGGGGUAUGCUUUUGUAGCUAUGUAUUAUCUUGAACACUUAAACUCAGUUUAAAAAAUAAAACUAUAGUACUAGGGCAGUCGCUGAAAAGGUAGUUUUUUAGAACUUACUGAGAAAGAUGUAUUAUGUUAAAGUAGAGCAUGACUAAAACAGAACAUUACCUGCUUUUGCACAUUGAUUUAGUCACAUUCACUUUACAUCUGAAUGUGUGAUAAAUGCAAAGUAAAACUUUUUUCCUGCAAAGUGAAAGUUGAGAUUAUUCUGACUAAUUAUAAUCAUGUUCUUAUGUUUGUUCAGUUACUAUCAUUGUGCUCCUAUAAGCAUUUUUUUAAAAAGACAUUUGAAUUAAUUUUUUUAGAUUUACAGACUUUGAAUAUAUUUUUGUCAUGACUUAAACUAUUUGUAGGAAUGGUCUGUUCCUUUUUCACAGUAAUACCAUUUUUCCUAUUUAGAAGUAUAAAUUAAUCCUUAAGAAAGCAAGGUUAAGAGGCAAAGUCAAAUCUGAAGUUUAUCUUUCUUUGCAGUGUACUGUUCAUGUUUUGAACAUACAUUAUUUCAAAAUGUCUUAAGUUACUGACCUCAAAACUUUUUUUCUGUAUCAAAUAAAUAUAAAUGCACAUAUUAGGUGAAAGUUAGAAAAAUCUUGUCACUUAGUUUUUAUUUUCUAUUCAUGAUCGAAUUGUAAAAGUAAAGGCUGGACUUGAGUGAGUGACUGUGUUACCGACUAGUAAGGCAAACCUGUCCCCAGCACUUAGGAAGCAAGCAGUUGGUAACAAUGAAAAACAUGAUAAGUGUAACUUUACAUUUCACUUUGUGGGCUCUGAAUUGUUUUUCAGUUUUGUACUUAGGAGAAGGGUGUAGGUUUUCUUUAAAAAUGGUUUUUCUUUAAAUUGACAAAUGCACUACCUUAAACCCAUAUUUUGUUUUUAAUCAUUAAAAUGUUUUCAGAGUAAUUUAACAGACUAACUAUUGACUGUAUUUCAAGCAAUGGGUUCUUUGGAAAGAAAGACGACUAUCAAUUUUGGCCUUGUAAGAUCUUAUAAUCUAGUAGAGGGAAGAUAGAGUCUUAUAUAACUAUAAUGUAAUAUAACAAAUACUUUGCUAGUGGUACUAACACUUAAUUGGAACACAAGUAAUUCUACUUAGGGUAACUUACUGUUUUUGUUGUUCUGUUGUUCACACAAUGUUUUAUUUUGGUUGUACUCUGGAUCUGAUGAAAUACCAUACAGUAUUUUCAUGUAACACAUAAAUAGAUAGAAAUGCUUUUCCUUAAUGUAUUUUUAAUAUUGCUAACAUUGAUUUUUUUCAUUUUCUUCCCUGAAAGAAUAUAUAACAUAAAAUGAAAGAAUUUAUUCUUGGGUGGAUAAUUUUUAUAUCAGCUAUUCUUAUAAGGUAAAAGUUUACUUAUUUUUAUUCAUAAUAUGUCAAAUGUAAGUAACUAUGAAUGCUGCCCUUUAAGAAAAAAUAAAUAUUAUUAACAAGCUUUAAGAACUGAAAAUUUAAGACAACCCUUUCAUUUUGU